UUCUGAAGGUUCUAGAUGAGAACGGCAGCUGGAACUGGCAGAUUCACCGGGCACAUUCUUUAUGGGAACACGCACUGGCAGCACAAUAAGAUCCGCAGUGUGGAGGGAAGUCAGCUGCAGACUUACCUUUCCUUGGAGGUGCUGGACCUGAGCUCGAACAACAUCACGGAGAUCCGGAACACCUGCUUUCCGCACGGGCUGCACCUAAAGGAGCUCAACCUGGCAAGCAACCGGAUCGGCACUCUGGAGUCGGGAGCAUUUGAUGGUCUGUCACGGUCGCUGGUAAUGCUUCGCCUGAGCAAAAACAGGAUCACCCAGCUUCCAAUGAAAGCAUUCAAGUUACCCAGGCUGACACAACUGGACCUGACUAGGAAUCGGAUUCGCGUCAUCGAGGGCCUGACGUUCCAGGGGCUUGACAGUUUGGAGGUGCUAAAGCUCCAGCGAAACAACAUCAGCAAGCUCACGGACGGGGCCUUCUGGGGGCUGUCCAGGAUACACGUGCUGCACCUGGAGAACAACGGCCUGGUGGAGGUGAGCAGAGGCUGGCUCUACGGCCUCUCGGCCCUGCACCAGCUGCACCUGAGCAGCAACUCCAUCGCUCGCAUUAACCGUGAAGGCUGGAGCUUCUGCCCGAAGCUGCACGAGCUGGUCUUGUCCUUCAAUAAUCUCACCCGGCUGGACGAGGAGAGCCUGGCCGACCUGAGUAGCCUGAGCAUCCUGCGCCUCAGCCACAAUUCCAUCAGCCACAUCGCGGAAGGCGCCUUCAAGGGACUCAGAAACCUGCGUGUUCUGGAUCUGGACCAUAACGAGAUUUCGGGCACGAUAGAGGACACCAGUGGCGCUUUUACGGGGCUCGACAGUCUCAGCAAGCUAACUCUGUUUGGAAACAAGAUCAAGUCCGUGGCUAAGAGAGCCUUCUCGGGGCUGGAAGGCUUGGAGCACCUGAACCUUGGAGAGAAUGCAAUCAGAUCUGUCCAGUCUGAUGCUUUUGUGAAGAUGAAGAAUCUCAAAGAGCUCCACAUCAGCAGUGAUAGCUUCCUGUGUGACUGCCAGCUCAAGUGGCUGCCCACGUGGUUAGUGGGCAGGAUGCUGCAGGCCUCGGUGACGGCCACCUGCGCCCACCCAGAAGCGCUAAAGGGCCAGAGCAUCUUCUCUGUGCCACCCGAGAGUUUCGUGUGCGGUAAGACUGUCUUUGUGAUUGUUUGGUUUUUUUUGUUUGUUUGUUUGUUUUUUCACGAAGGGCCAGGAGGCCAGGAGGAACCCCUCCUGAUGGGAGUGACUCCCGUGAUCAGAGUAAACCCCAAUUCCUGCUUACCAGCCGCUGGAUGCAGUUGAUUUCCCACUGAAACCACACAUAGUAUUUACUGUAGA